AUGGAUUCUGAUUUCCAUAAAGAAAUUGUAGAUGUUAUAAAUGAAAUAUAUGAAUAAAUAGGCAAAUCAAGGAAUAAAUUAUUAAUAUAGAAAUUAAAUGAAAGAAAGGAAUUAAUUUAUGCAUCGAUUCCAUUGACAGGGAGUUAAAUUCUAUUAAACAGUUAAAAUAGAGAAUUUAUAACACAAUAUUUAGAUAAAUUUGUGAAAUUCGUCAGUAACUAAUAAAAUCUUGUUGAAUAAGGAUUUUUUAAGAUAAUUAGAAACUCACAUAUAACAAAAUUGUAAAAUAUAUUUUCUAAAAAAUUUACCUAAUUACCUUAAUACUUUAAAAAUUUAGAAAGUCAAGACCUCUCAGCUACAGGAUUCAUUAACAAUUAAGAUGUAGUUCAUUUUAAAGUUCCAGUUAAUUUUACAGCAAAUUCUUAUCUCUUAGAUGAUGAAAUAGAUUUUAUAGUUUGCAUUACUUUAAUAUUCAAAGAUAUUUGUGAUGAAUAAGCUUUUAUUCAUUCAUUGAACACAUAGAAACUAUUAAAGAAGAUUCCAGAAUUAAAAUAAUUCGAAUUCUUGAAAUCCUUGAAAAAUUAUUUAACAAUCACUGUUGAUUUGUCAUAAUAGAUUAUUAUUUUAGAACCAUUAGAUCCAAUAAUAUAAUUUUCGCCUUAAUUAAAAUCUAAUAAUUAAAAUAAUAAUAAAUAAGAACUUUAUUUAUCUAAUGACAUGGAAAUCAUUAUAAGUCCUACUUAUAAAAUAAAAGUAUUAAAUAUUUUUAACAAAUAAAAUAAACCUUUAAAUUAAAAUUACAUCAGCAAAAAUCAUAUAAAUUAGUAUGAUGAUAAUUUAUUAAUUAAAAAUGUAGAAAACUAUAUCAUUUUAUAACCUUUAGAAUAGAAUAUAAAUCAUCAACAAAUCGUUAUAUAUAACCUUAAGAAAUCGAUUUUACUUAAUGAAUUCUUAAGAUUGCCAAAAGAAAUAUCUGUAUAACUUAUUCAUGAUGAUGUUGGAUUUUUAUUUGAAGUUUUGAAAGAGAAACAUAAUUUUUAUACUAGUUUAUCAUUUCAAAGUCCUAUUCAUGCUAAGACAAAGUAUAUUAAUAUUUGUCUCAUUAUUAACAAUCAAUUAAAAUUAUAGAUUGAUUCAGAAUGUGGUUAAUUAUUUUUUAAUUCCGAUGAUUACAAUAAAAACCUUUUAGAAUGA